CCACACCAUUACACAUGCUAAACCUAACAUGAUUUAAACAAUACAGGCACUUAUUUAAAGUACAGUACGUACAGCUUGAGACGGCAAACACUCCCACCUUAGACUGACACAAACUGGAACCACUAGGAAGCAGACACAUUGCCACAGCCAUGGGCCACCCCCCCACCAAGUUGGGACACAAGAAUAGGAUAAGAGAUGUCACUUCCUCAUUUCGAGGCUUCUUCCUUCUGCCAUGGAUUGGACUGGUCCAGCACUGAGCUUUGAGACAUCUUCCAGAUUUUGCCUCACUAAAGCGUGUCCGACUGAUCUCCUCUCGGGAUAAACAAACUCUUCACGCUGAUAUUCUUUCCAAGUAUGCCCUGUGCAGGUUUGGCAGCUGUGAUGGUGAGCAGAAUCCAGAAACAGUAGACUGUAAACACGUCCUUGGCACACUGCUCAGCUAUUAAUUGCUCUAAUGGACGGUCCAAAAGACCACAUUCGUCAUGUUUCAAACUCCUCAAAAACGACGACAGGUACACACAUGGACAAAAUUGUUGGUACCCCUCAGUUCAUGAAAGAACAAAACCUGCUCUUGAAUCUGACACAUGUAAUAACAAGUCAAAUUGAAAUGCAUGUUUGCGUCUGUGCACAUAGAAGUGAUGCGCCUUGCAGUUCCAGUGUUGUCCUGUCUCUCCGUGGGACAUUUCCCCACAAGCUUUGUAGCUUGUCAACAUGCAGUCUCGCUUUUUUAUGAUUUGCUUUCAACAGUGGUGUCUUCCUUGGUCGUCUCCCAAGAUGACGGUUGGUGCGAUAUGACACUGAUGUACCUUGACCUUGGAGUUCACCUUUAAUGGCUUUAAGGGUUGUUCUGGGCUCUUUUGCUACCAUUUGUAUUAUCCAUCUCUUCGAUUUUUGUCUUCAGUUUUCCUCCUGUGGCCAUGUGCAGUGAGGUUGGCUACAGUCCCAUGGAUCUUAAAUUUGUGAUGAUGUGCAACUGUCGUCCCAGGAACACCAAGCUGCUUGGAGAUGGUCUUGUAGCCUUUACCUUUAACAUGCUUGUCUAGAAUUCUGAUCUUGGCUUGUUAGAGGGCUGGACCCAGUAUGCAAUAGUUGAAGUUCUACUGGAGUGGUGUUGAUAAAGCACACUCCAUCUUCUCAGCCUUUUUCAAGUGUAGGCUGGCAUAAGUCCAAAAGAACUUGACAUCCAUAAUCAAUUGAAUAUUUUUUUUUACAAAUAAUUUUUGCAGAUAAUCGGCUGAGCUUGAGGUAAACCGUGUCCCUGAAAGUUUGGAAAUACGGCAUCGCUGUCCUCGCUCUGUCUGGCCUCGUCUACCUGCUGUUCAACAUCAGGAUUUUGGAGAACACAGUGUCACCCCGACUACAGAGCCACACCAAUCACACAAUCUGUGCACAUCAUCACGGCCCAAUUCCCGCUUCUGUGGGAAGGUUCGGCACAGGUGGAGGUCAUCAUGGUGCACUCGAGCGAGGCCGUUGCCGUGCUGCAGCGGCUGAGGGAAGAACGUCCCGAUCGCGUGUACUUCAAAAGCCUCUUUAAGUCGGGCCUUCAAUCUGAGACCACGAUAUGAAACAUGUAUCUGCCACCUGACCGGCAGCCAUUGUGUAACUACACGGACCCUCUCACCGGGGACCCGUGGUACUGCUUCAAGCCAAAGACUCUUAGCUGCAGCGCCAGGAUCGACCACUCCCUCAGAGGCUACGUCCAAAAAGUCAUCACAAAGAAGGAACAAAGACUCUUUGCCAGUGGCAUCAAUGUCAAAGUUCCCAUCCGGCCUUCUGGAAGUGACACAAUCAGCGUGCUGCCUUCAAGGCCAGAAAGCAAGAGUGUAAAACGGGAUGCUGUCAACCUAAAUACGUCCGGGUACUACUACCAGGGCUUGUGGAGACCCUUAAGCACCGUCUCAAUGCGCAAGUUCAACUUGGCCGCCAUCACUCAGCGUUUGACCAACAAGGAGGUCCACAUGUACGGCGACUCCACCGUCCGCCAAUGGUUUGAAUUCCUCAGGAGUGGGCUGCCAGACUUGAAGGAAUUCCGCUUUGACCCACAAAAUUCUAACAAGCAAGGCCCCUUCAUGGUGAUGGACAGCAAACACAAUAUUCUUGUGACGUACCGCUGCCACGGACCACCCAUCCGCCUCACCAACGUCAAAGUAUGUGAGAUGCGCUACAUCGCCAACGAGCUGGAGAGCCCGAGCGGGGGUCCCAACACGUUGGUAGCCAUCAGCAUCUGGGCUCACUUCAGCACGUUCCCCGUGAAGAUGUACAUACGCCGCCUACAGCACAUCCGCAAGGCUGUUGUGCGACUUCUUGACCGGGCGCCAGGGACGCUGGUCGUGAUCCGCUCGGCCAACCCCCAGUCCCUGCACAACAUGGUGAGCCUGUACAACGGUGACUGGUUUACGCAGCAGCUGGACACCGUGCUGCGAGCCAUGUUCAAAGGUUUAGACAUUCUGCUGGUGGAUGCAUGGCAGAUGACCGUGGCGCACGGUCUCCCUCAUGACAUCCACCCGCCGCCGGCCGUCUUCAAGAACACGGUGGACCUCAUAUUGUCGUACGUUUGUCCUUGAGACGUGUGGUCACUGGUUUGUCCCAAGAAAUGCCAAAGAGGACGCCGUAACGAUCGACCCUGACCCCGGCCACGAUGAUGUACUUUUGGGAGAAAGACUCAUAGCACUAAAGUCGUAAAUUCACUGAAUAGUUUUCAUUUGAACAAAUAAAGUUACAAUUCUCGAGAUAAAUGGUAAACGUCGCACAAUUGCAGGCUUUUCCGUAAUGCAACAUAUUUGUUGUACAGUUAAAUAAAGUUGUCAUUUUACAAGAAAAAUCAUCAGAUUGAGUUUUAUCAGCAAAGAAUUUUAGGCAUUCAUCCACUGAAAAGUACAACUUUUAAAAUUCCGACUUAUUGGCUGAAGAAUAUAACAUUUUUUGUUGUAAUAUUUAAGUAUUAAAGUUGAAAGUUACAUGCAAGGGAGGCAGAUAGUAAAGGAGGCAGGCAAAGUUUCUUUUACAAGUGAGACAAAAGAAAGUAUCAUCAAAUUCAGGAAUUCACGCAAGUCUCAAGUCAAAACUAUAGAUUUACGACUACAAUUCUAGCAACUUUUUUGUUGUAGUUAUGGCAAGUGUUAUUGUAAUUUUUACAAAAAUGAAAUAUUGCGAGAAUGGAAGUUUGUAAGACUGAAGAAAAUGAAGCCAGUAUCAGAAAACCUUUUUUGUUUUGUUGCGAGGGAGUUACGAAUCAUUAAAGUUAUGAUUUUACGAGGGCUGUCAAAUGAUUACAAUUUUAAAUCUGAUUAAUCACGGUUUUCAAAUGAAUUAAUCAUGAUUAAUCACCAUGUUACACUGUCACCGUAUCAUAUUACCUUAUCAUUUUCUUGUGUAUUUUAAACUAGCAAAGAGUACAUUUGGAAUACAGGAAGUGGACAUGUAUU